AUGAUCGGACUAGGAGACAUUGAGAGUGCCUUUGGUGCAAUUGACUACAGUUUAGUAUUUUUAACACUUGCAAUUUCAAUUGGAAUCGGUAUCUAUCAUGGUUUGAGGAAUCGCAAAAAUACAGAUGAGCUAGAAUACCUGAUGGCGGGAAAAAAAUUAUCAGUUAUACCCGUUGGCAUAAGUCUCUUUGCAAGUAAAUUCAGCGCCUUGACGUUAGUAGGCUUCUCAACGGAAAUGUACGUUUACGGGAGUAGUUUUACAUUUCUCGUGCUAACUGUCCUACUCACUGCCUACAUCUUCAGUGAGUAUGUCCUGCCUGUGUUUCAUGCAAUGGAAAUUACGUCGAUGUACCAAUACUUGGAGAUGCGCUUCGACCGACGAGUUAGGCUGUUUGGAUCUGGUGGCUACAGAGCAACUAUUUGGACUGAUGUCUUCCAAGCUAUUAUAAUGAUUGGAUCCGUUGUUGUUGUCAUGGCUCUAGGAUACAUCAACAUGUCCAAAGACAUUGGUUUCAUGGGGAUUUUCCAAAAAACUUACGAAGCAAAACGAUUUGAAUUUCCAACACUUACUCCAGAUCCAACAAUUCGCAAUUCCUUUUGGUCCCUCUAUUUUGGUGGAAUUUGGAUAAUAAUGUACACAUUCUGCAAUCAACCAUCUCUGCAGCGUUUUCUGUCACUCCCAACACUCCCGAAGGCUAAGAAAGCUUGCUGGUUCUAUGGCUGCCUAAUAUGGUCAAUCUUUGCAAUUGGCUUCUUCGGAGGAACCAUUUUAACGGCAUUCUUCAGUAGUUGCGAUCCCAAAUCAGCAGGAAUGAUUCAGGCUAAUGAUCAAAUCCUCCCCUUUUUCGUUGUUCUCCUCAACAAAUCCCUCCCAGGCUUAUCGGGAAUCUUCAUUGGAGGGAUGUUUAGUGCAGCCCUGAGUAGUAUUUCAACUUUACUAAAUAGUCUAGCAGCGGUGACUCUGGAAGACUUCUGCAAGACUUUCUACAGAGGCAACCUCACAGCACGUUCAAAGAGUAUCAUCAUGCGAAGUGUGGUUGUUGUAUUUGGUCUCCUACCUAUACUCUUCCUUUCAAUUAUCGAAAAGUCCGAUACAAUUAAUCAAUUCGGCUUAAGUACGGAGAGUAUUUGUACCUUAAUUGGUGGAGUAUGUAGCCUAGCUCUCGUUGGAUGGAUCAGCUUCUCAGCCAAUGCAGCUAUUGGAGCAAAAGAGUUGGUUUUUGCAACGAAACCAUUUAACACGAGCGGAUGCCAAGAAAUGUUUAACGUAACCGUUGCGUCAGACCUUCCAUCAAGUCUUGCAUCAGGCUUAACAGUAGCUGUUGCAAAGUCAGACGUAAUGUUCCUACAUAGAAUAUCCUAUUUGUACUAUCCUGCAAUAGGAGUCAUCACAACGAUCCUUAUGGCUUUCAUUGCAAAACUCUUUUUGGGAGGAAAUGCUCCUGAUUCCGUUGAUGCUUCACUCAUUUGGCGCUCCGAAAAAUCUUCCAAGGACAAUUCCCUACCGAAGAGUCCUUCAGAUUCAGUUACAACUGAAUCAACAGAUCUACUAAUUAACUACUCUAAGGAAUAUCCAAUCGUAUAA